AGUGUUUUGAGUUUUCAUGCAGUUCAAUAUUUUAAUACCAACGAGACGUACUUUCUUACCCUUCAACUCUUUCCCGCCACUUAAUUAAUUUGAAAGUUUCUCAGUCACCAGACUUAAUAGAUUUAAUUUGAAACAAUGUUAUCAGAAGAUUUAGAAAAGCUAAUUGGCGAGAAAAAACGUGAAUUAGAAAUAGAGAAAUCUGUUUUAGGAUUAUCUCGGGAAAAUGACAAUGUCAUCAGUACAGAAGAGAAGAAAAUUGGAAAGAGCGUGUCUUACGAUCAUGUAGAGAAAAAUGCGACACAAGAGGAGAGAAAAGAAGACAUUACAGAAGAAAUACCACCGGACUUGGAGAGAUAUAUCCGACGCUACAUAGGUCUACCACUCAUGUUGAAGACGGGGGAGUUCUCCCCUAACAACCCCCUUAUCAGGGGGGAGCGGUCCGGUGGCGAUGUGCUGUUUGGCUUGGGGGAGUACGAACAUAGGAAGAACACGCUAAAGAAGAUCCAACAGAAACAGUAUAGAGAGUAUUUGGAUCAGCAAGCUCAACUGAAGAGAGAGGCGCGCGAAAAGGCGGAACGCGAGAGAAAAGAAAAGGAGGAGAAAGAGAGGUUAGCUGAGGCGGAGCGAGACAGGGAGACGUUAGAAGGAGAUCAGUGUAACACAAGACGAGGUAGCUUCAGUCGGUCGCGCGUGUGCGGAGCGAAUAACGCGUAUACAACUAAAGUGGAUACAGGGAUACAAGUGGACAGACAUGCACCGCUGUCGGUUGCUGUACAAACGGACGACUGCGAUUUGUUGCGGGUAAGCGGAACAAAUUUAACAGAAGCGGAACGGGAACUGUCCCCGCGUACAGCCCUCGACAACAAACACUCCGGCUGGAAUUGUGACUAUUCCAGGCCGUCGAAUGUUCGGUCCGACGACGUCAGAAGCCGGCGCCGGAGCUAUGGAGAUUUUGACGAUCGCAAUAAGAGAAGUGACAUAUACACUCCGUCAAUACUUGACGCCGAGGCUAUUCAAUUGCGUAACCAAAAAGCUGUUCAGGAAGCAGCGGAGCGCAGGUCGCGGUACCAGCAAGAGCUUCGAAAGCAAAUACACGAGCAGCAGGCCAUCAGACUGGAGAGAGAGAACAGAGAGAAAAUGCUAGAGCAGGCGGAAAUGCGAAGGCUCGAGGAACAGCUUCGUUCGUUGAAGACAGCUCAGGAAAGAGAGAGACGGAGGCAUUGCGAUAUCAAUGAUACGAUGAAACGAAGUUCCAUGCAAUUCGAAAGAGACAGGCUAAACCUUCAAAAGGAAAUCGACGAAGAAAAAAAAGCCUUGCUUCAAGUAAGAAACAAGACUCACGAGAAACAUCGCGAGCAACGGCUGUAUUCGCCUAAUUAUGAUUUGGAAAAUUAUCUGAGAAAGAACCUUAAUCCAACUAAGGAGAGUUUACUAUCGAGUGCGUUAGGGUCUCAUUUUAGGGAGAAUUUACCCGAAAACAGGGAGAUUCGAAAGCUAAAUGACAUGACUAGGAGUUGGCAUGGAAAUCCUAUUUUAGAAGAAAAUAGGUCGCAAAUGGUACAAAGUUGGCAUCAAAAUGAUAAUUGGACUGAAAAUGCAAAUAAACCAUACGAUCCAAAAUACGUAUUUAAAAACAAAACAGAAAAUGCAAUUACAGAAAACAAUAAGGUAACCAACAAAAAUGAAUUUGGCGAUACGAUUGAAAGUAAAAUUGAACUUAGGAACGAACGUAAAGAACCAAUUCUACUACACGAUGCAGACAACGAAUCGGUGAUAACGAAAAACCGUCCAGAUACCGUUAAGUUCGAUUUACCGAUUCCAGUCUUACGUCACUCACCGGUACAGAUAAAAGCCGACGAUUUAAAAGAGUUAAACGAGUUGAGUAAAGAAAUGAAGGUAGUUGAUGAUAAAUGGAAAGUGCCGGCAGUUCAGAAGAAUAUAUUGAAAAGUUUGAAAAGCGAGGGUCGGGACAUUAACAUAUUGACUCAACUCGGUUCUAUUAGAAGACAGUUACAAUUAGAGCAAAUGAAACUGGAUUUGAAUAAGAAAUAGUUUCAGUUCCAAAGUCUCCACAUUUCCAAAGUAUAGAUCCUUUUCUAAUUUCACCAAAACUAGCUAGAUGUAAGUCCUUAGAUAGGUUUAAGUAAAAAAUAUAAAAAUCAUGUUUUAUAUUCAAAAUAUAAUAGUUGUUUCCUCGUGAGUUAAUUUACAAUUUUUUAAAUAAAAUAAAUUUAUUUUAUUAAAAUGGGUCUUAGACCAGUUUUUAAUAGAAGAUUGCUGGCAAGUAGGUCUUAACUCUGUCAUAAUAAAAUAAAAUUGAAAUAAUACUAAAUCUAUUUUGAGUAGAGAUGAGACUUAAUUUUAUACGACUGGUCAAAAGUAGAUCUUAAUGUAUCUUCUCAAAUCAAAUCAUAUCUUAAUCUUAUGUAAGAGACAUAUAAAAUGAAACAGUCAGAAAUAAGACUAAAUUUAUGUUAUUAUGACAGAGAUAAGACUUAACUUUAGUAAGACUGGUCCAAAUUAAGUCUCAACUCUUUCAUAUAAAAUGAAACAGACAGAAAUAAGACUUAACUUUUGUAAGAUUAGUCAAUAGUAAGUCUUAAUUCUUUCAUAUAAAAUAAACAGUCAGAAACAAGAUUAUAAAAUAUAAUUAAUAGAUUUUAGUAUGAAGGGAGGUAAGUCAACUGCCAUAAAAUACUUAGAAUUAUUUAUAUACAUAAUUUGAGCCUAGAUAAGUUAUACUUUUUGCAACAAUCUCAUGCAGAGCUUAAUAAUAAUUCAAAUUGUGUCGUUAUUAUAAAAGUAUUUUUUUCCAAAUAAAAAAAAAGUUUUCUUAAGUCGAAAAAUUACUUUUGAUCAAUUUAUGAACGCCACAUCCACCAUAAAACCGAAAUAUUUUUAUGCAUAAUUAUAAAGUUGUAUUUAAAAGUGAAAACAUGUUUUUUGUAUGUAUUCUUAAUGCUUACGCCGUCCGUUUUAUAAAUUUUUGUAUUUUUGGCUUAAAAAUAAAAUGCCUUAUAAAUUUUAAAAUAAUGUUGAUUAUAGUUUUAUAAUUUUAAUGCUAAUUAAUACCUACGUAUAAAAUUUGUACAUUUAUUUAGAUAUAACAAUAUAUUAUUAGGAAAAAAAUAUUUGUUGAAUUGAUUUUUUCAGUGAUGUUGAUUUUGUAUGUAUGAUAAUUAUAUGUUAAUUUUUAUGUUAGUAUUUUUAAUUUGAAGAAUAAAUUAUGCUAUAUGUAAUAAAGGAUGCGACUACACGUGAGAUAAUGUAAAGUACCAUCUGCGUAUUGUAGUUGUUGUUGAUAAUUUCUCCCCAAAUCCUAUAAAUAUUUUGUAAAUAAAAUUAUUUAACUAUACUAUAGAUACUCUUGUAGUCAGCCAUAAUGCCUAAUCAAUUGUUUCAGGUUUCUGUUAUGUAUUAGUAUUAUGCUGACCGUACCGAAGAACGAUGCCGUAUUCAUAGUCGCAAUCUUUAUUGUUUUUGUCGAAAAGUACAAGAUAUUCCAAGUGUCUGUUGUUCCUAUAUACUAAUAUUAAAUUUAUGUUAUUUUAAUUAAUAUAGUUUUCUAGUACAUAUUAAAUUAUGUUUAAUAUUGUAUUAUUUCUGGUUUUUAUUUUUGAAUUGUUAAGUAUUUUGUUUACAUAUAUUUUGUAGUAAAAUGUUUGCUAAACUUAAAAUACUAAUGAUUAUUUCCAAUUUAAAUAGAAACAGAGAAUGCAUGAAUUUAGUUUAUUAUUACAUUUAUUUGGUAUUUUUAUUAAAUAUCUCCGAAUAAAAAAAUCGUAAUAUAAAAAUACAUCUGUUAAUAUGCUGACUGUAUUUAAUUAUUGGCAGCCAUCUUGUGUUGUUGAUAGAGGCUGGUGGUAACUUGAAAGACUCGAGAUUUAUAGAUGUAGAUAAUAUAUGGAAGUGAUAUUAGGUAAGGAAUGCACACCAAAAUAGUAAAAAAUAAUAAUAUUGUUAUUUAUAGUUAAGCUACGUACAUACAAUUGCACGUGUAACGCCAAACGCAUAAGCUUGUGUUAUUUUUGUAAUGCUAUUAAUUAAAUAUUAGUGAAAAUUAAAGUUUUUUUAUUAA